UUCGCACUUCAGUUGCCUCCGUUGCCUCGCGUACGUCGGAUCGAGGGAGUAUCUUUCACGUUCCUUCUGCCGGUCACGCGUUGCUUCAAUCUCGUUCUGUCGAAUUUUCACGUGUUUAUUUCGGUGUUUUUUUGUACUGACGAACGGUUCUUGGUAAAACGCGGAAAUUAUCGGGCAUGGUGCGAUUUCCUCGUCGCACCGGGUCUGUGCACGGAUCCGCGGGUGCAGUGUUCUCUAGAUCCGAGUGAUCGAAUCAUCGUGACUCGUGCUAGCGAGACAAGUUUACGGAUCACCUCCUGGCCCGUGGCAUGCGUUUGACUUGAUGGUAUUCGAGAGCGUCGAGAUGCGGAACCCGGGGUUCCUGCUCGAAGACGCCAGACACGGAUACAUCCAGUAUAUCAGCCUAAGCGAAUGUUACUUCGCGGGCAAGGGCGCCGCCCUAGUUCUACCCCCGCAUGAAAGGGCCAGACCCUCGAGGAAGGUCUCCGCGGCAGGAUGCGACAUCCAACAGCACUUGCAGUCCAUGUUUUACCUGCUAAGACCAGAGGAAACCCUCAAAAUGGCGGUGAAACUGGAGUCGGUGCAUCCAGGAAGGACGAGAUACUUGGUCGUCGUGUCCUGCACGGGGCGACAGGACGCCGAGGAGAGUUGUCUCCUCGGUAUCGAUUGUCACGCUAGGGCGACCGUCGGUCUUGUACUACGGGUUCUGGCCGACACCGCCAUUACUCUCGACGGCGACGGAGGCUUCAGCGUCAGCGUUUGCGGUUCGCAGCACAUCUUCAAGCCGGUGUCGGUGCAGGCGAUGUGGUCGGCCUUGCAGACGUUGCACAAGGUGUCGAGCAAGGCACGCGAACAGAACUACUUCCUGGGUGGCUUGUCGCACGAUUGGGUCAGUUACUAUGAGCAACGAAUCGAGAGUGAUCGCUCGUGUCUCAACGAGUGGCACGCCAUGGACAAUCUGGAGUCUCGGAGACCACCGUCGCCGGACAGCGUACGCAACAAACCCAGAGAAAGGGACGAGACUGAACGCGUGAUCCGAUCGACGUUGAAAGAGAUCAUGAUGUCCGUGGAUCUCGACGAGGUAACGUCGAAGUAUAUUCGAGGCCGUCUCGAAGAAGACCUCGAUAUGGACCUCGGGGAGUUCAAGUCGUUCAUCGAUCAGGAGAUGCUCACCAUUCUGGGUCAGAUGGAUGCGCCGACUGAAAUAUUUGACCACGUUUACCUAGGAAGCGAGUGGAACGCGAGCAACUUGGAGGAGCUCCAGAAGAAUGGUGUCAAGCAUAUCCUGAACGUAACACGGGAGAUCGACAACUUCUUCCCCGGGAUGUUUACGUACUUGAACGUACGCGUUUACGACGAUGAGAAGACCGAUCUACUGAAGCAUUGGGACGACACGUUCAAAUAUAUCACGAAGGCGAAGAAGGAAGGUUCGAAGGUGCUGGUGCACUGUAAAAUGGGAGUGUCGAGGUCGGCCUCUGUGGUGAUCGCGUACGCAAUGAAAGCGUACAAUUGGGACUUCUCCCAGGCGUGGAAGCACGUCAAGGACAAACGGAAUUGUAUCAAACCUAACAACAACUUCCUGCUGCAAUUGGAAACCUAUCAAGGUAUACUCGACGCGAUGAAGAACAAGGAAAAGCUUCAGAGGUCGAAAUCAGACACGAACUUGAAAUCUCCUACCUCGGUGAAGGAUCAGUCGAAGAAAGAGGAGAAAUCUGACAAUGUGGACAACGGAUUGCAGUCUGUUUCGGGAUUCGAACUGAAGAAGAGCAGCCAGAGGCCGAAGAGUUGGUCGCCGAACGUGAAAAUCAGCGAAAUCAUGUUGCCUUCUGUUCCCCUAUCGCAGUCUCUUGAGAGCAUCGAUAAGACAGGGAACACGGAAGUAACGAGGGAAGAUCUCCUCCGUUCUGUAGACCAGAAGACCGGUAUGCCUCGGAACGUGCUGAUGCCAUGCGAUAACGGACAGAGGACGGAAUCCUACAGCGUGUCACAGAAUCAGAUCGUCCACCUUCCAGGACCCUCCCCGGACACGCCGAGCGUGAAGAAGCGCGUCAGCAAGUUAGAAACUCAGGGUCAGAGAAGGAAAGGUUUAGUGCUGAACCUGACGAACCAGUUCGAGGCAGUGAGUAGCAAACCGUCUUCUCCGAGUUCGGACUCCGACGGGAAACCACUGCCGCAGAGUCCAGUCUCCGGUGUCAACGAGAAUGGACUCGACUUGCAACAACCUACCGAAACGUUGUCCAUUAAGCAGGAGGUUUGGGAUCCUGGCGAGAAGCAACGGAAGAAGGCGGAUACCGGUAGUAAUAGUGAAUGUCUAGUCUGGGCUGCAUCGACCGAUGCAACGUGUACCAAUUCGUGUAGUAACGCUAAGCCUAACGGGGAAGUGAGUGCGGAAAGUGAGUGCGCCGCGACGAGCACGACGACGGUAUACCCUGGCACGUUGCCGCGGCGAGCCAGGAAGGAGGGUGACCCGUUCAGCACGCAGGUCGACCGGGUGUUCGACCGCGAGGAGAGGCACGGAGAACCGGUUACGAGGGACUCGCCGAGCCGGCAGAGCUCCUGGAGCAGUUACGACAGUGCCGUGGUCCUCGACAAUUCGGUGCAUAGUUCCUGGGCGACGCUACCGUCGAGGAACAGUUCCUGGGGCUCGUACGACAUGCGUCCCCCGGACUUCCUCGGCUCCAGCGGCCUUUUCCCUUAUGAUAAAGAGGAAAUACCGUGGCAUCCGGGUACCGUGAAACGCACGAAGCAGAAGCUUGAAGAGAACACCACGUCUGGGACGGUGAAACGCGUGUGCACGCAGAACUCCGACGCCGAGGAGAAGGACAGAUUGCCCGCGGAGGAGGAAUCGUACAAUCCGGUGCUCCUGCACCAUACGGCUUCGCCCACGCCGCGAAGAAGGGACUCGUCGCCUAGCCAGGAACAUAAUUUAAAAGUUGAUGCUGUUAGGAACACCCCGAGUCCCAUCAGAGGAAUCGAUAUCUCGCCGGCGUCGAUUCGUCAAAUUGGCAGACUGUCGACGAGUGCGCCGGCCUCGUCAUCCCUCUCCUCGGAUACAGACCUACCGUCGUCGUUAAGGUCCUGCAGGUCGGAGAGCGAAACCUCGAGUCCGUGCGUGGUCAACACCACCCAGUGUUCCUCCGUGAAGCAUCACAAGAUGGUCCUGGAGAAUCUGAGCAACAAGUCGAUGUUCAGCAAACGUUGCCUGUCCGUGGACGAUUCGCCGGAGGCCGAGUGCCCGCGGAGUACCUCCGGCAUUGUACAGAAUCUCAAGAAGGAGUUCGAGGCGAAGACCAAGCUGGAGAAGAGUCCGGAGAACAGUUUCGAGAACGAUUCGCCGAUCGCCGUCGGACGACCGAAGAGGGACGUGAAGAUCCGCAGUUUGCCAUCGUCGCCGGUGAUCCCUCACAACGAGUCGAAGAUUCAAGCCCCGUCCGAAACCAAAGAGAAAGAGAAAUCGCCAAGCGAGUCGUCGUCCUCAUCCUCGUCCUCAUCCUCGUCGUCGUCGACGUCUUCGUCGUCGUCGGCAGGAGCCGCGCAGGACAACGGCUUGGAAGACCGAUCGGUCAGGGUUCUGGUCGAGAAGUACGAGGUGAAGCCGGCCGACGUGAAGGACAGAAAAUCGACGGAGAUUCAGCUGCGCGUGCACAAAGACAAAGACUGGGAGCCGAUCGACUCGCAGCACAACAAAUCCGCGAAGACCACGCCCGAAUAUAGUAGAAGGUCCGCGCCGAUCCUGAUCAAUAAUCACUCCUCAUCGCCCCUGUUCGCCGAGGCGACGCCGGAAGCGCCUGGCAGGCCGCCGGUUCCCGGCAUCGUGGCAGCUAGCAAGAAACAGCAACAGCACGGCAGAACGCAUCCUUUGGCCAGGCUGCAGGUCAGGCCUAGGCACAGCAGUCCGGUUUACAACACCAUGUAAAGAGGAACCGUUUCAUUUCGGUCGUGUUGUUUCUCACUUUCUUUCCUCUUUAUCUCGGUUUCUUGUUUCUAUCUACACGUGAUUUCGAUCAGUCGAAUCCUGAUGAGCGCGCGUACCUGAAUGCAAUUGGGUAUGUGUCUGUCGUGGCCACGAUAUGAAACUGUGUGAUCUCUAUUUGAUGCCAACGAGUCACGAGGAUCGGGUCCUCCUCUCGAGCUCGGUAUAAUCGACGGGGACAUGAUUUUAUAAAUAAGAAUCCGCUUCCCACCAUCUUCGAUGUAUGUACAAUUUUACUGUUUCGCGAGAGAGAGAAAGAAUGUCCUUGUAAACUAUGCUCUGGAACGAUAAGGCAGAGCACCCGUAUUUUUUCGAUGCUUGUUCUAAGUAAACGCCACGGUCCGUACGAGCUUCUCGUGUUCGAACGCGUAAAAUUUGUCCGUGUGAUAUAUAUAUAUAUAUAUGUACAUGUAUAUAUAUAUAUUUGUGUUCGCUAGUUUUUUAGUAUCUCCGUUCGAUGAAAUUUACGUGAUUUAUUUAAUUCGGUAAUGGGAUCGGUAUAUUUAUUGUCCCACAGCUUACGGCGUUGGAUAGCUGCCCGAUGGAUCGCUUGCGAAAUUAUAUUUUUGCCCAAAAUUUAGGUAGAGAUGUUACAUCAUUACACUAUUUAUCAUUAUGUAUUCACCUAGCAAAUAGUAUUUUUACAUUUACUGCCAAUGAGAAGCAGUUUGUUUAAAAAUAAACGAAAGCAACAAAAAAAAAGAAGAAAUGGAAACGAACAGCAAGAAUGAUAGGUCUUCUAUGUGUCGAAAAGAUACAAGUGCCUUGUCCUACCGUCAACGUCUAAUUAUACAUAAUAUUUGUAAUAAUAAGGCACGUUCAAAGGUCCUUCAACGUUUUUAUGUUCCUUCUUCGUCAGACGUGUCUUGGCCUGCUCUUAAUUAGUUCAAUUAUUUUUUAAGCUGGAAAUGCAACAAUUCUAGGAUGACGCGGACGCAACACUGUUAUUCCUACGGCGUGUCGUCGGAUUUAAAAUAGUGACCUAAUGGGCUUGGAAUCAAACGUGAUGUGUAAUUUUGUCUGUGCGUAUCGCGGGGCGUCGCCGCGCAAAAGUCGGAGCCAGCGUGCCCCACGCAUCUGAUCGUGAAUGCAUGAUUUCGCGUCGGACUCGGUCAGGCUGUGAACGAAAGGUCCGAGCCCCGCGAAAGGUAAUAGUACUGAUCUGCGCUGACUCCCUCUUUUACGUUGCUUACUUACGUUGCGAUCGCCGAAACGCGCCCCGAGAUGAAGAGAUUCUAUGCGAAAGAAAAGCAAGCAAAAAAAAAGAGAAAAAGAAAUGGACACCUCGGAAACGGCGGCGUGUAACGUUUAGCUGUACUGUAUUUAGUAUUUUAGAGCGAACAAUGUGAUUAGGAUGGUGCACAGUAUGCGAGAAGACGAAAGUAGCAAAGGAAAACCCUUCCUCCCCUCCCAUUAUUUCCUGGAUGAAGCCCGACUUCGAAUCGUUCGAACGAUUCGUUCGACCAAUCGUUAUGGAUUCUUCUAUCCCAUUUUUACUCAUCACUUUGUAUAUCAUGUGUAAAGCAUCGUCGUGCGAACCCGCAGUCCUCUCUCCUCUCUUCGUCCGUCUCGUUUUCACAGUUUUCGUUUUCGCAUCUAUCGUGACGUCUUUCCUGCGUUCUUCUUCUCCCACUCUUUACUUUUCUCCCUUUUUUUAUCGACCAGUGACGACGAUUGCCUAUCGAAGAUUUUACCGUGACAUCGCAAUUUCGGAAAGUAUAAUGAACAAAAAAUAUAUAUAUAUAUAUGUAUACAUACACCGCUCGGUAUCAGCGUUCGUCGUUCUUAAACAUAUCAUCGGAUGUCGUUCGUUCUCGUUUGCGUUUUUUGCCAUGUCGACCAAUUUUAUACUACUUCCCCUGAUAUUGAUGAUGAUGAUGAUGAUAAUGAUGAUGAAUGCGAGGCUCGUUUUUUGAUAAAGGUGCACCGCGACGAUUGUGUGUGUGUAGAAAUAUAUUUUAUUACGGAGAUAAUUUUGCAGAAUAAUUUUUCUCGUAACGUUAAUUCUAAUCGGUGCCUCGUCCCUCGGACGAAGUAUUAUCACCAACCGACGGCGAGGAACGAUCCCGAAAGCGAACGCUAUUAAAAGAAGAAAUAAGAAAAAAAAAACAAAACAAACUGUAACAUGUUAAAUUAGAAUAAAAAGAAAGGUGUUACAUCGCCAAACGCUCUGUGCUUUACAACGUCGAAAUUCAGAAUUGAAUCGCUCGUCGCUCCAUUUAUUUCUUACGGAAUUUGUACAGGCAAUCAUCUUCGAAUAAUUUGUAUACAAUUUCUACAACGUCCCGGCAUGAAAGCGAGAAGUUUUCUUUCUUCCUAAAUUAUCCGCGUAACGAAGAACUGUAUAAUAAAUGAGUCAAACACUGUUCGAAUUGCCAUUUUUUAUGUCUGAUACCAGUUGCACCGCAGGCGUCGAUCAAAGACUCGUUUUUGUGGAAGAGUUUAUUUCUCGAGUGCGCGUACAUAUUUUGCGUACACGUAUUAUAUCGCAUCAAGAAACCGAAGAAGAAAGUCGGUCAUCAAGCCGGUUGAGCAUCUAUUUCGUACAGCCGUCUGCCGGCGCAGAACGCGAGCUGCGGCACGAUCGAAAGGGUCCUUGUUUUCUUCGCGUGUUUCGGGUUCACUGGGCCGACGUCCAUGCCGUACGUCCCGCCCCUUAAAUUUCUGAUCAUCGCCAGUGUCUGUAAAGAGAACCUCAUCGUCUGUAUAAAACCUAAUGCGAAUGUAGAAACAUUUUUUUGGAUAUCUUCCAGAAAUAAGAAUUUGAACAUUAUUUUCAAGUAAAUAUCUUUCUAUUCUUAAAGGUUCGAAAGGGUAGAAUGUAAAUUUUCAUAAAUAAGAUCAAUCAUUUUCUUUUCCAUCAUAGUUGUACAAAACGGAGUUUGAGAUUCUAGCCAACUCAUUUUUCAUUCCGAUAGAAAAAUAAGUUGUAUCGAAUAAAAUGUUUCUGGAUUUGUGUUGAGCGCGGGAAUUUUUCGUUGAAAAUUAAACGAAAGACGGAGAUUGAAAGAACAAAACUCACCGCGUGUGAUCGCAAAUCGAUUACCCUGAAGAGAUUGAUGUCACAGCCGCCGCAAGCGAGAAACAUGUUCGACACGUACUUGCCACAGUAGAGCAUGGAAGAGUAGCUGUCGGGCUCGAGGGAAACGAGCAACUUUCCGGUACGAUAAUCCCAUAAUUGGAUAGGGUUUUCCCUUUGCCAGGAGCAGGCUAAGAUCUGUUCGCGAUUAACUGUUAGUUAAAUACAAGAAUCACUGGACCGUCUAUAUAUAUAAUUCCUAAGCGAAAAAUUAGGACGCGUAUUCUUUUAAUAAUAAUUCCCUGUGUAAACCUAUAUUGCACAAUCGACUCCUGUUUCAUUUCACUCGAAUUUGGGUCAGUUUGACUCCAGAAAGAAUUUUGAUAAAACUCUGAUUUUAUUUAAUAUGAUGCUUUUAACUUAAUGGAAAUCGUUAUAUAAUUAUUUUAUUGGUGAUUUAAAAGAUUUUUUAUAUAUGACAUUACUGCCUAAUUGUUGAUAAAAAUUGUGAAUAACUUUUACUGAAUUUAAAAUGAAUUCUAAACCGCAUGAAAUCAAUUCUUCAGAAAGUGUCAAAAAUUUGAAUAUACUUUAAUAUUUUUAUACAAUAUUGAUAAAACAUCGAUUUAUGUACAACAAAACUUUUACAUAGUUUAUAAAGAAAACGUUGUUACGAAGUUUUGAAGCUAACACACUGCCCUGUUUCAAGUUUUUCUAUGCCAUGUAUUUCGAGCUUGAAAACACCUAAUGAACGAGAUUGUUUGCUUUCCACAUUUACAAUUUUUAGAAACGAAUUCCAGAAAAUCUUGAUUAUUAGGUACAUUUCACUGAAAUGCAAUAAAUUGCGUAUUAUUAAAUAAAGUUUGUCGAAUCGAUAAUCUAUUCAAAGGAAACAAGCUGACCCAUCAAUAAACGUAUUAAAAGUUCUCUAUACCACGUUCUGAAAAUUUUUAUCGAACCAAUUUGAAAUCCAGUGACUUCAAUUACUAUAAAUGUCACACAGUAAUUGCAGAAGAAUUGAGUUACACAAUUUUACUGUGAAUUUCAUAAUUGGUUAAAUAAAAGAGUGACGAUGAAAAAUGUAUUAAAACAAGGAGCCGGGUUUCCACAAUUUUUAUACAUUCGCCGCGUGAGAAAGUCUGUUGAGAUGAGACAGUUGAUUUGGAAUUCUGAAUGAAACGUGACACCUGAUACCUCUCUUCCAUUCUUGCUGAUGUCGAGGCCAUCGCCGCACAUGUGAACGCCCGAUAUUCGCCUGAGCGCGUACGGUUGCCUAGUAUCCCAGAACUGAAUGGUAUUGUCCCAACCGGCGCUGAUCAGCUCAUGGGCCGAUUUCGGGUUGAAGCAGGCGCUGAACACUCUCGAUUUGUGACCGUCCAUAACUUCCAAUGAAUCGCUAAACGGAAAUAGAUGAGAAAAGAACAAAGAGAACUAUUUACAUGUUAGUUUGUAUCGCGCUUAGAAGAGAUUUGCUGUAAGUAAAAAAAAAAAAAGAAAACAAGAGAGAGUGCGAAGUUCGACGAGUUGUGUAAAUUAAAAUUGUAUGAAUCCGAACGAGGUAAAGGAAGCUAUUCUUAAUUAGCUGUUCGCGUCAGUGGACGGAUUUGUAAAUGAACGAGGAUUUAUGUUUUAAGAUCGUCGAUGGUGGAUCCGUUUGUAAAUAAUAAAACAGCGGGAGUAACCGCAGCAGAAGUGAACGCAAAUAGAAAUAUGAUAAGCAACA